AUGAGCGUGCCUCGCCACGUCCUGAUGAAGGCCAUGGCAGGUCCGUCGGGCCGAUGGACCCUGCAGAUGAAGGUGGAUAUGGCCCUGGAGCGAUACAAUAUCAGUCCAGCCGAGGGCAAGCUCAUCAUAGGGCCCGCUGUCUGGCCGGAUGGCGAGUCAUCCAAUGCCGACUUCAAAAUGUGGGGAUUUCAAACGGAAUGGCUGGAGCCCAUUCAUGACCCGCCCAUUGUCGAUCCGCAGAACAAGUUCGCGUUCAUCGAAUCAGGGUUGUGGUACUCUGUCUUGAUGGGGCGCAUUGACGUGCUGCUUCACCAGUCGGGGAUGCAGUACGCCGAGCUCCUCAACGUCAUGCAGUUCCCAAAGCUGCUUGGGGUCGGCCAACUCGCCAUCUCGGCCCACCCCGACGCUGCCCCUGAUACAUGCAAACUCAACGAACUACAGCUCGACGGGGCCACGGCGAGUUCAUUGGUCAUCAUGUGCCGCUUCAUGCGCCUCGCUAGGAAGAUGACUGACUGGUCCAUCCUUGAACUUGGGUGCGCCCUAACCGCCUUCGACGAGAACUUCGUCUGGACCCCUAACAACGUGAGGACAGCGCUUGUCGACCUAUCCGGAAUAGAUGAUAUUGCAGAUCUGCUGGGGCUAGACCGCGGAGAUGUGUUUCCCUUCUAUGGUAACAUCGGCGCGGUAGCCUACGUCGAUUACCUCCAGGACAUGAGUGUCGACGCGAGACAGCGAGCACGCUCCUUCUAUGCAAAGCGAUUCUGCGACCGCACUGUCGUCGACGAUCACCUUAACCCGCCAAUCUUCAACGAUGAUCCGGAUACUUUAAACGGGCAUAUAAGCGACAGCGCGGUUGCUCUUGCGAUGGGUCUCGAGAUUGCCCCGACGGAGGUCUUGCUGCUGGCCGAAUUCCUAGGCCUCGACAUUCUCUCCCUGCAGUCUCUGUCGUCUCUGUACCGCCACUCCGUGCUCGCCAAGGGACUAGGCCUCGAAAUUGUUGACUAUACUGAGCUCGUGUCCAUCACCUGGGCAGGUUCCCCAGAAAGUAUCUUUCAGUCGCCAGAAGCCACGCUAGACUAUGUGCGACAGGUCCAGAGAUCUCUGUCAGCGGGUUUCUCCGUUGAGGAGCUCGACUUCAUCUGCCGGCACAAAUUUCGACCCGAGAGCGGCUUCUGUUCUUCUGACGAUGAUCUAGUCGUAUUUUUCUCCGACCUGAGGACUGAGCUGCAGAAGAUCGUGACUUCAAACACCACCAACUCGUCAACCCCUGACAAGUACCCCGACCUCCUGCGAUCCAAACUCGCUCUAGCCGUCCCAGACUCGGCCAUUGUUUCACAGGUUCUGUCCAUCCUACAAAAUACAUGUUCCACCACCGUCUCGGUCGCCGGUGGCAUACCCGAUGAUUUCACCACAGCGGCUACAGCCUCCCCGGCUGGACUGUUUCGGAAUAUGGCCCUCGACGCACUCACCUCGACCAUCUCGUAUACCGGUGCCAUGGAAGACGACCAACUUCAAGGCCUGCUCGGCCUCGACGCCGUCAAGGCAAGCAGCGCUUUACAGGCCGCGCUGGUCCAGAUCUUUGAGGACCCAAGGCGCUUUCUGACCAGGCAGCUGCGUUUCCUGUCCAGACCCACCUUCAAAGUUCAAGGAGAGUGCCAAGUAGCCGUGGCAGCGAUCGCCACUAGCUUGCCUAAGUCGCUCGCCUCUCGGCUAUUCUUUGAUCCUGCAUCCAACACGUUGAACUUCGCCGGCGUCAUGACCGACGCAGAACUUCAACAGCUCCUCGCCGCCAGCCCGGCAGGGGACACGGCUUUCGAGGCCGGCAUCCGAGCUCUGUACAACGCCGCUGAGGCGGCACAGGUCCCUUCUGAUGCGGAAUUGUUCAUGGAUAGCGCCGAAAUUGGGCUGCUGUUCACCCGGCUUCAGGACGAGACAGACCAACAGCUGGUCGACAGGAGGAUUGGCCAAGUGAUCACCAGGCUGCUGCCAAAGCUGUCGCAGAUGCUAAGCUUUAAGCUUCUAGUCCAGAAGCUGUCGGAAUAUCUCAGCUGCGAGCCCAGUAUCAUGGCGGAUCUAGUUCAAAAAUGGUGUCACUAUGGGGGCAAGCAUUUUGGCCCCAUUAUGCUCAACGCCGCUUUUGUCGAGAGCAACACCAAGGUCUCCAUAGCGCGCAGUGAAUACCCGCAGAUGUUCGAAGCGGUGAUACUGCUCCAGAAAACGUUGCUGGUGUUGAAUAAGCUCAAUCUAUUAUCUCGCGUCCAAUGCGCAUGGCUGUACGAGUUCGGGUCCACUGCUGAGGGGCGGGCACAAGGAUGGCUUGACCUAAACAGUUUGCCCGUCGUGUCCACGCCAUCUACCGCGGCUACUACAGCCGUUACAUUCUCAGGUCUGUUAGCGCUGCUGGAUCUGGUAUCCCUCCAAGAUAUGCUCCCCUCAGGGCAGACCUACCUCGACAGGAUCUACGGGCAAACUUCCCUGCCCGAAUCCGAUGCCGUCGUCCUUCUCGGCGAUCUUUGCGCAGCCAAGAAAUGGACGACCCGUGAUGCCGAGUAUUUCCUUGGGCCCCUCGGUUGGAACACCCCGCUUCCUGUGGCUCUCAGAAAGGUCGACACGUUCCUCGCCCUUCUGGCCGCGAUGAGACAAGUCAGUCGUCUCGGCUGCCACGCCGAAGAAGCGUGGGGUUACGCCAUAUCGCAGCAGACGAUGAAGCAAGCACUGUCAUCGGUGCAGACGGCCAAGUCUCACUGCGACCAAGAAACAUGGCACGUCGUGGCCCCAGGUCUUCGAGAUACCUUGCGGGAAAAACAGAGGGCCGCUCUCGUCUCGUACCUCCUGGCUCACCCAUCACGGAAGAUACUACCCGCCUGGCACGGGACGUACGAUCUGUACUCGCACUACCUCGUUGACUGCGAGAUGAGCCCAGUCCAAAUGACGACGCGGAUUCUCCAGGCAACAAACGUAGUCCAGCUAUUCGGACAGCGGUGUCUCCUCAGCUUGGAGCCCAACGUAGUAGCGGACGCUCCGGAAUGGCAACAGUGGUCCAGCAUUAAGGCAUUCCGCGUCGCGGGCGCGGCAAGGCGGGUCUUCGUGCAGCCCGAAAACUAUCUCGAGUCCCCGCUGCGGGACGACAAGACUCCUUUCUUCAAAGAGUUUGAACAAGAGAUGCAGCAGGGAGGCAUCGCCAAGGAACUGGCCGAGGACGCAUACCUCCAUUAUCUGCAGAAGAUGCAAACUGUGGCCCGGCUCGAGGUGCUGAGCAUGUACCGACACCGGGGCGGUACAAUAGAAGAGUCGGGCGAUGUCGGAGUGGUUGCCGAAGACACGAUCUUCGUGUUCGCGCGCACCAGAUCGAGCCCGCCCUCGUACUUCUACCGCAGACUGCUCGAUGAGGUCCAGUGGACGGCCUGGCAGCCCGUCGACAUUGGCAUCACGGGCGACCACCUGAUCCCCGUCUUUUGGCAUGGCAGAUUGAUGCUGUUCUGGGCCAUCUUUACCGAUAGACCCGGAACUGGCAAACUUGCUGUCCCGAAUCUUGCCGGUGGUUCGUCCACAAACAUGGAAGUCUCGAUGAGCGACACUGAGUCCUGGUGGGAUAUCAAACUCGCCUGGAGCACCUUAAAAGACGGCCGCUGGCUGCCAAAGUGUCAAAGCGAGUCGUCUAUUCCUGUAUGGAAGAACACGUCGAGAUGCACGACCUUUAACAAGCCCGCUGGGGGAAGCCAACGAGGGCGGUCCCUCAUCACUUUCCGAGUGCACGGCGGGGAGGACGACUCGUCGCUUCAGAUUGAUUGUCUGCAAUCACAAAAUAUCAGUGUUGGUUAUAAGCUGGGAACUUUUACUUUUAACAGCGUAAAAGGAUCGCCAUUCGUUACCUACCCGUCCAGGGAAAGACCUAUUCUCUCCUUGGGAAUCCCUAUUGCCGCCGAUCCCAGAAAAAGGAUCGCACCUCUCCCGGGGACACGGCUGAGGAACAUGGGGUUCGGAGAGGAGGAUGAUGACGCGGCUUUUGAAGAAGAGGACGAUGAAGCGGACGAUAAAACGGACCAUUCUCUGGUGUUGUUUGGCGAGAACUUCGCAUCAGAUUCGGGGAUGAGCCCAAUUCCGAAGCAGUUCAAGGUGCUAGACGAUACCCCGGGCUUAUUCAACAUCAUCUACCCGCACCAGACUCUACAGUUCAAUGUUGGCCAGCCGUUCUUUUUCCAGCACCAAGAUCGCAGCUUUUUCGUCAAGGCGGACAUGGUCAAAGUCCAGAGGGAACUCGAAGUGCGCCUCCCCGACCCCAACCCCGCCAACAUCCCUUCCAUACCUCCUAUCAAGUUGCCUGUCACCAAGGUCCCGCUGUUACCCAUCCCCGGCGACAAGAGACCCGAGAUCUUGGAAGUUAGAAACCCCUUCCCCGAUAUCUCGAACCCAGCCACCGAUCAAGGGCGGCCAUCCACCCUGCGAAUCCGCUCCCUCAUUAGCAACUCCGGGCUUGAUGCGACUCUUCUCAGGAGAAUCCCUGAGAGCCCCCUGAUCGUGCGCCGAUCAGCAAUGACACCUCGCAAAAUUAGCAUCACCGGCGGCAUGAAGAUUCCAUCGCUCGGCAGCACGCUCCACAUCUACAGACGGGACUUCCCAGAUGAGGCACGCUUCCGCUUCCGCACAUUCUACCACCCAUACAUUGACGACUUCAUGGACAAACUGUCAAAGACGGGUCUUGACGGGCUCUUGGACCGAGACAACCAAAACCGAGAAGAGAUAGACCUUUUCGCUGAAAAGAAUCUCUACGGUCCCGACGAUGCCUACAUCGCGACAGACGGUGGCCAUCCCCUCGAGGACGUCGACUUCAGCACUAGCGGGCCUAUGUCCGUCUACAACUGGGAGCUGUUCUUCUACGCGCCGCUGCUCAUCGCCGAGCGGCUGAGCCAGAAUCAGCAGUUUGAAGAGGCCCAGAAGUGGUUCCACUACAUCUUCAACCCCCUCGACGCGUCGUCUUUUGAAGCACCGGGACGCUUCUGGAGAACCCGGCCAUUUUUCAAAAUGCAAAGCGAAGCUUACCGGAACGCGAGCGUCGACAUGCUCCUGCGCAUCCUAGCUUCCCGCGGGAGUGCCUACGACCAGCUGGACAGCGACAAGAAGAAGAUACACGACGAUCUCGUGAUCAACGUCGACCGGUGGCGCCGCAAUCCCUUCAACCCUUUCCUAAUUGCUCGCACACGGCCCACGGCCUUCCAGAGGGCUGUGGUUAUGAAAUACCUAGACAAUCUAAUCGCGUGGGGCAACCAGCUCUUCAGCCAGGAUAUGGUUGAGUCCAUCACCGAGGCUACACAGAUCUACAUGCUUGCGGCCGAGAUCCUGGGCGAACGCCCAGCCGAGAUCCCCGCCCGCGCUGUGCCCACGGUCCAGACCUACAACAGCAUCCGUGCUUCUCUCGACGCGUUCAGCAACGCUCUUGUCACCAUCGAGGAGUUCAUUCCCGUCUCACCCGCCGUGGCGCCAUCUAUUGUGUCCACCGCAAACAACCCCCAAAGUACCAUGACGCCCACCAUGCUCUACUUCUCCGUUCCCCGGAACGAGAAGCUCCUCAGCUAUUGGGACACCGUCUCGGACGCUCUCUUUAAGAUCAGGCACGGCAUGAAUAUCCAAGGCGUCACACGCCAGCUCGCGCUCUACCAGCCCCCGAUCAACCCCAUGCUGCUGGUCCAAGCCGCCGCCUCAGCCGCCGCAUCAGGUGGCACCAUGGAUCUGGGGAGCAUCCUUGGCGAUCUCAACGCGCCGCUGCCAUACUACCGCUACAGCACCAUGGUGGCCCGUGCUAUGGACCUGUGCAACGACCUGAAGGCGUUCGGGGCUGCUCUUUUAGCAGCGCUCGAGAAGAGGGACGCGGGCGCCCUCGAGCUUCUGCGUGCCGUCCACGAGAGAGAGGUAUUAGACACAGUGCGCGCCGUGAAGCAGGGUGCCAUUGAUGAAGCGGUAGCGUCGCUCACUGCCUUGCAGCAGGGGCGGCAGGUGAUUGAGACGCGUCUGCAGCAUUACCGCGGUCUCAAGUUCAUGAACGCGAGCGAGCAGAGCCACCAGGGAUUGGAGAUCCAGGCGCUGAACUUACAAAACACCGAGAUGAUGCUGUUCCCAUACGCUGCCCUCAUUGCACUCGUGCCACAGUUUAAGAUUGGCGCACCGACUACCAUCGGUGCCGACCUGGGAGGCCAGGCGUUUAGUAUGAUGGAGAGUACGCUCGCCAAGGUCAUUAGCUCCAUGAUCUCGAUAACGAGGGCCCAGAGCGCCAUGGUGGCCACCAUGGCCUCAUACGAGCGCAGAUGGGAAGAUUGGACGCUGCAGAGGGAACUGGCGGAGCAGGAGCUGAUACAGCACGACCGUAAUGUCGACGCGGCCAUUCAGAGGGUGGAAACAGCCAAGAAGGAUCUCGAAGUGCACGCUAGACAGACAGAACACGCUCAGAGAAUCCACAGCUUCCUCCUGUCCAAGACCACAUCAACGGCUCUGUAUGACUGGAUGAUCGGCCAGACCUCGGCCACAUACUUCCAGACGUAUCAGAUGGCCUUUGAGACGGCCAGGAAGGCGGAGCGCGCAUUCCACUUUGAGCUAGGUGACGAAGACGCUUCCUCCGUCUCGACUCCCUUUAUCCGCUUCGGCUACUGGGACGGCCUGAAGAAGGGACUCCUGGCGGGAGAAAAGCUAGCGGCCGACAUCAGGCGCAUGGACCUCGCCUACCUGGAUCGCAAUCACCGCCAACUCGAGCUGACAAAGUCGGUCUCGCUGGCGCAGCUCGACCCAGUGGCGCUGAUCCAGCUCAAGGAGACGGGCGAAUGCUCCUUCUCCAUCCCCGAGGCCAUAUUCAAUCUCGACUACCCAGGCCACUACUUCCGGCGCAUCAAGUCCGUGUCGGUCACGGCCCCAUGCGUCGCCGGCGCCUACACCACCGUAGCAGUAUCGCUGACCCUGCUGAACUCGACGACACGCAUAACGCCGGCGACUGGCAAAACCUACGUGCGGCAAGGCGCUGCCGACAUCCGGUUCAGCGACGUCUAUGGUUGUGGUGCCGGAGGUUCGACCAUCGCGACCUCGUCGGCGCAGAACGAUACUGGCGUGUUCGACCCCAGCGGAGCCGACGGGCGUUAUAUGCCGUUCGAGGGAGCGGGCGCUGUGUCGUCGUGGCGCGUGCAGUUGCCGCCGCCCGAGAUAGCGCCCUUCAACCUGCAGUGGUUGGCGGAUGUCGUGGUGACGCUGCGGUACACGGCGCGGUCAGGUGGAGACACACUGCGGGCUGCGGCUGUGGAUAGUCUCAAGAAGACGGCACUUCGCGCCUUUCCUGUCGCGCAAGGACAGAGCGGGCUCGCGAGGGCAUUUAGCAUCCGCCACGAGUUUCCCGAUGCUUGGAGCUGCUUGCGGCGCGGCGACGGGUCGUCUAAUAGUACGAGCAUGCUGAACUUGUCGUUAGAACGGUUUCCGUUCAUAGUCAGCGCUGCGGAAAAAGUGGUUUUCCGGCGCGUGGUCGUGUUUGCGCGGGUGGCCAACUCUUUGGGUGGAGAUGAGGGUGUGGGGGUGACGUUGGCCUUUGGGGAUGACGCUAUCGAGCUCCAGAACGGGCCGUUCCCCGACGUCAAGGCGGGACAAACGGUGAUGUUUGCAGGGUUCAGUCCCAGGAAUAAGGGUCCUGGCAUGUACAAAUUUGGUCUGUCGAGGGGGGACGACGGAGAGCCGGUGGGGGAGGACGAGGUCUUUGACUUGGUUAUUGUGGUUUAUUAUGAAGCGAAAUGGAAGCAAUGA